AUCAGUCUAUGUGGCCAUCUUUGACGAAUGUGGUUUGAAAGAAGUGUGGCGAAAACGCGUGUGUGCUUCGGAAAUCGCUGAUUUUUCGCAGAUUUUCUAUCGCGGCCACUCGGUGAAAGUGCUUGACGGAACCCUGGUCGAUUCUGUGCCCGUGGACAGUGGUUUUGUUGCGUAGACGGAUCUCGGUUCUACUUCCCUUGGUGUGCCGGAGGUUUUUUUUUCGGUCGGUGUCCGUCUUCUUUUUCGGUUCUUUUGUUCCCGUUUCCUCCUCUCUUCUCGCGUUGUUCCACGGAUUUCGGCUCCGGACGGUCGUCGUUUCUGUGUGAGGAGGAAAGAUUUGCGUUUCGUUUCCUUUCUUUUUGGGUUGAAGGAAAAGAAAUUACAACCAGUUUACACCCCGUUUGUGUGUGACACAAGGUUUUAGUUUAAUCGGUGCAAGGAAGAAAAGGAAAAGAAAAAAAUCAGCAAAAUGUCUCAGGAGACCGAUUCGAAUGAGAUCAGUGCGAAAUUCUCUAAACUGAACGUGAAUGCACUGGAGUUUGUGCCGAGCUUUGCCAGCACGACAGCUUCGGUCGCAACGGUGGCGGCAGUGACACCAGCAGUGGUGCCGGAGCCGACUGAAACGCCAACUGCCAACACCACCACAGGAACUUCCUCGUCCGGCGGAGGUAAUACGCCAACUUCCGCAGCGGCCACACCGACGCCACCGUCGAGCAGUGCGGCACCGACGCCCAUGGAUGUGAAGGGAGACGAGGAGGCCAAAACGCCGGAAAACAAUGAAAGUGAACCAUUGGACAGUUGGGACGCCGAGGAAGACUCGAUUCUUACGCCCGAAGAUGAGGAAAUGGAAUUGGAUGACGGUGAGAUGGAUGGAGAGAAUAUGGCAAAGAUGGCCAAAAAGAAGAUCGUAAAGGUCGAGGAAAGCAAGAGCAAGAAGGAGCACGUCAAUGUAGUUUUCAUCGGACACGUCGAUGCCGGCAAAUCCACCAUUGGUGGCCAAAUUAUGUCCCUGACCGGAAUGGUCGACAAACGAACGCUGGAAAAGUACGAACGAGAGGCACGUGAAAAAUCCCGAGAAAGUUGGUACUUGUCGUGGGCGCUGGACACAAAUCAGGAAGAACGUGACAAAGGUAAAACGGUGGAGGUGGGUCGUGCCUAUUUUGAGACUGAGAAGAAACAUUUCACCAUCCUGGAUGCUCCCGGGCACAAGAGUUUCGUACCGAACAUGAUCGGUGGUGCGGCGCAGGCCGAUCUGGCCGUGCUGGUCAUUUCGGCUCGUAAGGGCGAGUUCGAAACCGGCUUCGAUAGGGGAGGGCAGACGCGAGAGCAUGCGAUGUUAGCAAAAACGGCCGGCGUCAAGCACCUGGUGGUGCUGGUGAACAAGAUGGACGAUCCGACGGUGAACUGGGACGUUGAGCGGUACAACGAAUGCAAAGACAAAAUCUUACCUUACCUCAAAAAGCUAGGAUUCAACCCGACAAAGGAUCUAACGUUCAUGCCGUGCUCUGGCAUCACCGGUAUGGGAAUCAAGGAACAGAUAGACGAAUCCAUUUGCCCGUGGUACCGAGGGCCAGCCUUCAUUCCAUUCAUCGACGAGCUGCCUUCGCUAAACCGCAAGACCGACGGUCCGUUCAUCAUGCCGAUCGUGGAUAAGUACAAGGACAUGGGCACGGUUCUGAUGGGCAAGGUGGAAUCGGGAACGGCCAGAAAGGGAAUCAACCUGCUCGUGAUGCCCAACAGAACACAAGUAUCCGUCGAUCAGCUGUGGUCGGACGAUGAGGAAGUGACUGCCGUGGGGCCUGGUGAAAAUGUGAAAAUCAAAGUGAAAGGCAUAGAAGAAGAAGAUGUUUCGCCCGGUUUUGUGCUGUGCGAUGCCUCCAAUCCGAUCAAAACCGGUAAAAUUUUCGAUGCGCAAGUAGUUAUCCUAGAACACAAAUCAAUUAUCUGUGCGGGUUACUCGGCGGUGAUGCACAUACACUGUGCGGCGGAGGAAAUUACUGUUAAGGCUCUCAUUUGCUUAGUGGAUAAGAAGUCGGGCGAUAAAUCAAAAACCCGACCUCGUUUCGUCAAGCAGGACCAGGUGGCCAUCAUGAGAAUUGAAUGCUCCGGGCUUAUCUGUCUCGAGCAGUUUAAACUCUUCCCGCAGAUGGGACGCUUUACGUUGCGAGAUGAAAACAAAACCAUCGCCAUCGGUAAAGUUCUAAAGGUUAUUGAGUAAAUAGGUUUUUAAAGCAGUAAAAAAAAAAAGAACAUACAGUAACGACAACAAACAACAACGCUAUCUCGUCCUCUGCCGUAAGAAUCUGGUCCCCUCAGACAGACAGCAACAACAACAAACGAAUACCACUUCUACACAACUAAACUAACAAACUGCAACAAAAAGGCAUCCAGCCAGCCAGUCAAAGCUGACAAUUUCUAAACCAUCCAUCUUCUCGAUGUGGCAGAUAAUGGGAAUCCGUGUGCGGGUGUGUGCAACUGCAAACGCAUUGGUCUAUUGUUAUGUUAGUUUCUAAUGGAAAUGAAAAAAAAAAACCGAAUCGUUCUAAUAAGGUACCUCUUCGGUAUUGCUUUGAAAGCAAAUGUAAAAGAUCAUGGAUUUUUUUGCCGGGAAAUUCAACCUACGUCUCCGAGAUGUGAAUCAAUUUUCGUUCCUUGUCGCGUUCAAAGAUGAACUCUAGUGGAAGCAAAAGUGAAACAAAAGAAUAAGAAGAUCAAGACAAAAACCUAAUAAAACCUAGAAAAUGCUUAUGAUAACAAUCAUUUGUAAAAGAGGAACUAAUUGAAAAUAUUAAAACAAAAAAUCGCGGAAGCGGAGGACUGAACUUAUAUACAAUAAGGGAAACAUAAGAAAAAAUACACUCACACACAGCAAACUAAACAAAAGAAACGAUGAUAAAAAAAAAACAAGAAAUGAACAUCAUACGCAUCAGGAACAAUAAUCUUAAUGAUAACACGUUAUUGUAUAGAGGAACAAAUCCAAGGCAACAAACAAGCAGAAAUUAAGGAAUCCAAGUGACGACGAAGAAAUUGGCCGAGGUGAUCGGGGAAGACUUCUCGGAAGUGUGAUAGCCGACGGAGGCGGACGAUCGUGAGCGAAAAAUGGAAACUCCCGUCAGAAGACAAGCAUGACAAGCGGGAUGCUCUCCCGUAAAGACCCGACGCCCUAGAGAUAGACAAACUCCCGAGAGACAAGCAAAACAUCUACUAAAAAAUUAUUUGUUACUUUUGAUUUGUUUCAUCAUGAAGAAAAAUGCUUAUUAUUAUGAGGUUUUUUAGCUUUUUGUAUUGGAAAUGAAAAAAAAAAAACAAUGUUUCAAGAACAAGUGUACGAACACUAUUCAAACGCGUACGCAGAUAGCAUCGUUAUGAAGAAGAGAAAGAUAGAGGAAACAUUUGACGAUAAAGUUCGCCGGAAGUGAAACGAUUGCAGCAAAUAGGAAGUCAGAUCCAGAUUGUGUAUUAAACGAAGUGCUUCUCGAGUUUUUCGAAAUUGCGUGCAAAUGUAAGAAGCUUGGAUGUACGUGUGUAAAGAGAGAUUGCAGAUGAAUGUGAGAGUUUUGCGCGGUUUUAUGGGGGCGGUGCUUCACCAGGAUUGAUCAGCAGUUGUAGCAGCUUCAAGCGUCGCCUUUUUUCGCCUGGAAGCGGAGCGAAUGGAAUAAUUGUGAUUGUGUGUGUACGUAUAUGUGUGUGUGUGUGUUUGCGGGAAAUUGAAGCGAGAAUGAAUUUAACUAGGGCUAAAUAUGCUAAAAAUUUACACAAUUUACACAGUUGGAGAAGAAAUUAAAACAAACAUAAAGAUACACGCAACAGCAUUACAGCGCAGUGCAUUGAGACAAGAUAUUAUCCUUGUUCCCCGUUUCAUGCUAGAAAGGCUAAAACACGAACACACAAACAAUAAAAUUGUAAUUGUAGAGAAAAGAGGGUUAAGAAUAAAACUAAAAAAAAGCAUUGAAGCGAUAGACGGAGGAGAGAAGGUUAUAGAAAGCCGAAAUGAGAUGAAACCAGCAGCAAAAACAACUAUUCUACAUUUAAUCAAAACAACAAUGGAAACUCCUUUAUCUAAUUAUAAUUACUAUUUUCGUUUUUUAUUUGUUUAUCUUUUAAAGAAAAGAAGUAAAAUAAAAACCUCUUUAAAACACA